CAGCAACAGGCACCGUUUCAAGCGGCUGCUUCGACACAAAUUAUAAACAACGAUCGAAUGAUACACUCAAACAACUGCGUCAACGACGACGACUCGGACAGCGAAGACAAGCCCGAAAAAAGGUCCGGACGGCGCAAAAUUAAGAUUGAGUUUAUCGAAGAUAAAUCGAGACGCCAUAUUACCUUUUCGAAGCGAAAAGCAGGCAUCAUGAAAAAGGCUUACGAGCUGAGCACCCUCACGGGCACCCAGGUCCUCCUGCUGGUGGUAUCAGAAACCGGACUGGUGUACACGUUCACCACUCCCAAGCUUCAGCCACUCGUAACAAAACCCGAGGGAAAGAAUCUGAUUCAAGCGUGUCUCAAUGCACCAGAU